CGACUCGGCGGGCAGGGCCUGGCACGGCGCGGGGUCAUCCCUCACCCGGAGGGGGGAAAGCUGAACCCCCCCUGCCCUCCGCCACCCCCAGAGCCGGGGCUUUUGGGCUUUUUUUUUUUUUUUGGCUUUUUUUUUCUUCCUUCUUUUUUUUUUUCCCCCCCCCCUCCUGUUUUUUUUCCAGAAGCUUCUUGCUCUCUCGUGAACUUUGGAAGUUUGGGGACGUCGCCGGGACGGGGAUCUGCCCUGUCCCCUCCCUCCCCUUCACGUGCACCCCGUGAAUGCAAGAGCCGAUAAGCCAAGGCAUGGCUGAGGGGUGGCUGAAGUACCUGCGGGCAGGAAAGGCCAAGGGGCAGAAGGGCAGCAUGGAGGACUUGGACGACCUGGACGACAGCCUGACCAGCCUCAUGUGGCUGCAGGAUUUCUCAAUCACCAGUGCCAGCAUGGGGAAGUCCUCCUGCUGCCCCAGCGACCCGGACCCCCAUGACUGUCACAGGAUCCCCAGCUUUGCCGCCCCAUGCUCACCUCUGGCCGCCGACCCGGCGUGCAUGGGUGUGCCCCACGCUCCCUGCAAGCCCAUCUCCUCCUCCACCUUGAAGACGGCGCACCACGCCAUGGCCAUGCACCCUCAGCUUGCGGAGGACAUCGACUAUAAGACCAACCCGCAUGUCAAGCCGCCCUACUCCUACGCCGCUCUCAUCUGCAUGGCGAUGGAAGCCAGCGAUAAGCCCAAAAUCACCCUCUCUGCCAUCUACAAGUGGAUUACCGACAACUUCUGCUACUUCCGACAUGCCGAUCCCACCUGGCAGAACUCCAUCCGGCACAACCUCUCCUUGAACAAGUGCUUCAUCAAGGUGCCCCGGGAGAAGGGUGAGCCAGGGAAAGGUGGCUUUUGGAAGCUUGACCCCCAAUAUGCCGACCGGCUCAAGAACGGUGCCUUCAAAAAGCGGAAGACACCCCCAGUGCAGAUCCACCCGGCCUUCACCAAAAAACUCCAGGAAGAUGCACGGUGCGUCGUCAGCCCAGCCGCUUUGCCUUGCACCGCUAAUAACAUCCUCAACGUCAACAUGGAGUCACAGCAGCUGCUGAAAGAGUUUGAAGAAGUCACCGGCAACCAGAACUGGAAUCCGGCGGAUGGCAAAGCAGGGUACAAACGCAAGCAGUCCUUGCCCAAGCGAACGGCCAAGGCGGCUCGGCUUUCCAACUCUGCCUUGCUGACUCAGGAAGAGCAGACCGAGCUGGGAUCACUGAAAGGUGACUUUGACUGGGAAGCCAUCUUCGACACCAACCUGAAUGGAGACUUCUCCACUUUUGGGGAUCUGGAGCUCACGCCUCCAAUCAGCCCCGUAACACGCGAUCUGGACUUGACGGUACAUGGGCACCACGUGGACUAUCCCCAGGGGCAGGAGCAGGAGCAGGUCCUCACCGAAUCCAACCAGAACAACCUGGACUUUGAUGAAACCUUCAUGGCCACUUCUUUCCUGCAGCAUCCCUGGGACGAAGGGACAAACGAUUACCUCUCCGAUUCUGUCAAUGUGGAGCAGUUGUUUGAACUCAACGAUGCCUCUUUGCCAGCGGAUGUGAGCGACUGGAGCAGUCUGGCAUCCCUUUUAUAAGAGGCCAGGCACCAUUCAAAGCCCACAGACUUUAGUAGAAUACUCCCCCCAUGCUGCUGGGACUUACAAGGGACAAGAUUUUCUAGAGACAGAGACAUCCACAGUGACUUUUACCAGCUUCAUCAUAAGAUUAUUUACAGGAACACCAGGGGGAGAAAAAAAACCACCACCACAGGAACUUCUGAUGUGUCCUUUAAAGAUUUAACAAGAAGUCUCUAGUCCAUGAGUUUCCUCAAGAGAAGAAAUAUAACACUACUUAUUUUUUUACUUUUAAAGGAAGAAAUGUGAAUUAUCAUAAUUUUUUUCCAUGGGAAUGGACAUGGCAUAUGUUCCUUCAGGGCUAAAGGAGAGCACCUGCAAAAUCCCAUCCAAGACAUGAGAUUCCUGAUGGCUUAGGACUUGAUAGACUAAGUGCAAUUUCCUCACCCUUUUGUCUCUCUGUUUCUCUCUCUCUUUCCUUUUUCUGUCUAGCAUAGCUGGUAGGUAUAGUGUGAUAAUUAGCUAGCAAGCAAAUAGAGGUCCCUUCUGGAUUCUCUGAGUUCAACCUCCCUCCUGACUUGUGCCUAGGGAAGAAGAAAAGGUUUAUAAAUUCGGCAAGUCUGCCUUUUUAGAUGUUUUUAUAUAAUCUAUUAUAUAUUAUAUAUUCAAAGAAACCUAUAUUUUUAGCACUAGAAUUUCUUAAUUGUGGGGGGGAUAGGGGAAAUGCAGUUUGGGAGUUGUUUUAUAUUUUCACUGUUUAAAGGCUUGUGUUCAUUGUUCUGUAAACCAAGACCACGCGAGGGAGGAUUCCUGCAGCAGCAGCAACAGGUUUUGGUAAGGAUCCAGAAAUUGGCCCGGCAGGAGAGGAGCAGUGGGGACCAGGGCGCUCCUGGAACGGGCUUUUGUAUUUUUUGUACCCAAAAUCCUCGCUGCAGUUGCCGAAGGGUCUAGACCACCAUAAACCCUCUCUGUCUUUCAUUAGCUGACAUAGCCCCUCUCCAUUUGUUUCGGUUCAAGACUGUUGCUCUCUGCUUCUUUUGCUCAUCCAUCAGGCUCCAAACAGCUGCCAGGGCAACGCAGGACCCCAGUUAAGGAUGCGCUUUUUGGGGGAGCUGUAAGGAAAACACCAUGGCAUGGCCAUCAGCUAGCAGUGAUGGUGUCACUCUGCAUCGAAUGCUCCCAGGUGGGACCCAGGAGGAAAGAAAUCCACAUUCAGGCUCCAUCCAGCAGCUCAGGCCAAAGACUCUGCAUGCAACGGGCUCUGGGGCCGGCAGCGGAGAUAAAGUCCCAUCCAGCCGGGAGCAGCUCUUCAGCCGGGAGAUCCACCUGGAUUGACACAAAUGGAAGCUUUGGCCCUUUGGCUCGGCGUGCAGCGAGAGCGUGGCAGCGUCUCUGCAAAGUAGCUCAGAAACAUUUCGGGAGCGGAACCAAACUGCUGCAACUUGACUUGAAGAUCUUGAACUGGAUUCUUCGCCUCUCCUUCGCUGUAGGUUAUUAGAGGUAGAGUAGCUGUUAGGUAGGAGUAAGUAGAAGCUGUAGUUUUAAUGGUGUGUCUUAGACUUGCCGAAAAAUGGAAGAUUGUAAAGAGUUUCUUUUUUGGUUACAAAAGCACUUAGGACCUUUAAUGUGAGCAAUAUAAUUUAGCAAGAGUAUAGUUGUAGUAUAAGAAUCAAUAAGCAAGCCUUAAAAAAAAAAAAAAAAUUAAAAAAUUACCCUUGGAGUAAUUUUCACCCAAAUUUGGGGAGAGGGUUGGAGCCGUGGAGGUGCGAGCACAAGUCCUGUAUCCCCCGGUAAAGCAUGGGGCAGGCUGAGAACCAACAUCUUCAGCUCAUGCAAGCAGCAGAGAUGGGGCUGCUUUGCCCAGGUGCUAGCAUCUGAAGUCCCCUGGGAUGCCACCGCACGGCUGGGGAUGGUGUCCCAGGGCCGAUGUCUCUGGAGGGGCUUUGGGGUUCUGUGUAGAUGUUUCUAUCUGUAUUUGCAAUGCUUCUUGUUAUUUGUUGUUUUUGUUAUAUUUUCCUGUUUUGGAGCCUCUAUACCGAUGCUGAAGAACUGCAGAGGUACGUGUGCAAUUUAACCUUUUUCAUGGAAAGUUAUUUACAAAUUAAAAAAAAAAAAACGAAUAAGAAAAAGCCCUUUUGCCUCCUUAUUUCCCUGCAGCACUGCCUGGCUCUGUCUGACCCUCUGCCCUGGAGGUAGGGGACAUCUCACCAGCCCAGUCCUGGUU